AUUUUGAAUCAGAAAGUAUAAUGGAUGUAUAUUAUACUCCCGUUGAUGGCAGUAAUGCAACAUAUUGUAUGCUAACCGCCUUUAAAUCCCAAAGAAGAAGAAGAAUCUCUCCGCUCCCUGUUAGUGUUUGGCAGCUAUGACAACGAAGUUUGAAAAUGGGUGGUUUGACACCUCAGAAGAAGAAGCUCUCCUCCUCUAAAAUGUCUCAGAAAGCUCUGAAAUGCACCGUGCAAAUUAAAAUCCAAGCUAUUACUUGUCCAGGGGUUGUGUUACCCAAUCAGGAAGACAUAUACCUGAGCGUCUGCGUCAUGGGACAGUUCAAGAAGACUCUCUGUCUGCCGCCUGCCUUCCCUCUUCUAUUCCAUGAGAACAUGGUGUUUGUGAAGACGUUCACAGGAGCUGCUGACCCAGGUCACAUUGUGGACCUCCUUGAAGCUGACACAACAUCCUUUGAACUGAUUCAGCUUGUGCCUCCAGAGGGGGAUAUUUUGGCCACUAUUGAAGAGAAGACCAGAGAAUUCCUCUAUCCAGGCCCCAAGCUGACACCUAGAGCCGGUGGUCCUGAGAGAGAGAUGCUGAUGAGGAGAUCUAUCUGUUUCCCUGGAAUCUCUCCUAAAGUGGAGUUUGCAACCAUGUCUGUCAUUGAGGAAUGUGAUGGGAAAGAUAGCCAGCCUCAGCCUGCCUCCCCUCCGUGUUGUAGACCAUCCCCAGCCAAACAGUCCCCAGCAAGGCGUAGACCAGUCAGAGGGGCUGUUGGGAGCCCUAGACAGACGCUGAAAGGGAAGGAUCUGAGUCUGAUUGGUCCAUCCAGUGGUUAUGAGCAGCCCACUGUGGCCUCCCAGGCUCGUGCUCUCUCUCCCUACACCCACCGCAGGAUGUGCCAACUGUCUGAGGAAGCCAGGCAGAGACUCAGCUACCUCCAACUUGGGCCCUACAAGUUCAAAAAGGAAACAGAGGCCCAGAUCCCCUUUGUGGUCACCAGUACUCGGAGUGUCUCCAUGAUUGAGACUCCUUCAUCUUGUCUCUCCUCUAAAAUAAGCCUUCCCCACAGCAGGUCCACCAGCUUUGCUCUAGACCCCUUAGGAGAUGUCUCUCUCCUUGGCAGCUAUAGACCAAAGCCUGUUAAAGUAGGCACAAGCUGUCUGAAGACUCAGAAAUCACCAGGGAAGUCUUCCAGACUGGACUGUUCCAGAACCACAGUCCGGAUGGCCCGAUCAGCCCUGGCUGCCCAGUCCUCUACCCCAGUGUGUGGCCCGAGGAGUCCCCUGCUCAGCCACUCCUCCCUCAGAGAGAGGUUCCAUAGUAGUGAGUCCAGUCCGUCUAAGGAGAUCCACAGUCGAGUCCAGAAGAUUCUCCACACCCAUUCUACUGACAGGAAACUACACUUUGACGCGGAUGGGUGUUCGGCUAAGCGGGGGCCUCCGCUCUCCUGUGAAGACUCUUUAUGUGACAGCCAGGCUUUCCAGGACAGGGACACUCCUGGAGAGACAUCUGUCCACCUGGACAAUGGGACAUUCUGGAGCAGGCAGGUUGCCUGCUACACAGGGAAACCCCACAGGGCUGUGUUUGAGGACAGUCUGGGACUCAUCUACAAGAACAUGUACAGGAGGGCCUUGAGCACCACCUGAGACCUACACUAUUAUUGCUUCAGACACCUGGCUGGGUUCCAAUUAUGACUGGUGGUACUUGAUUGCUAAGAUGAAGGAACACUGACCCUGUGCUAUACCAUAACCAAAGAGUUUGUCAUAUGUGCCUUGGUUACACUGAUUUUAGCUCAUUUAUAGGGUUACAUGUGUGGACUAUUUACAAUUUUUCCAUAUUUUUGUACUAAGAAUGUUUAUCUAAACUGAUUUAAUGACUGUACUUUUUGUCUUUCCUGUCCAUCUUGUGGAUUUGGUGUACUCAUUCCCUGGGUAGAAACUGGUUGAGCAGAUGUUAAUUCAUUUGAUCUCUUUAUGUGGAUUUGUACCCUCAGACAAAAAAAAAAUCUCUUUCAUGUUCCAGCAAAUGUACACAUAACGGAAAGGGUUGCAGAGAAAAGCUUUUGUAAAACAGUCCAUUUGGGCACAAUGCAGCUCAUUCAACUCAAUUGGCUUAUCAGGAUGAAGACAAAGUACAGUUGACCAAUGGCUUAAGGUGGUUUUGUUCAAUAAAUCAUUGGAAAGUUGAAAAAAUGUAGUGCUUGAACUAAGUAUGUCCGGUCAUCCUAAAAUAUCAAUUCAUAUUGGAUAUGUUUAUUUUUAUAUUUUUAUUUCACCUUUAUUUAACCAGGUAGGCAAGUUGAGAACAAGUUCUCAUUUACAAUUGCGACCUGGCCAAGAUAAAGCAAAGCAGUUCGACACAUACUCUGUGUCGUUGUUACACAUGGAGUAAAACAAACAGUCAAUAAUACAGUAUAAACAAGUCUAUAUACGAUGUGAGCAAAUGAGCUGAAUUAAGGGAGGUAAAGGCAAAAAAAAGGCCAUGGUGGCAAAGUAAAUACAAUAUAGCAAGUAACACACUAGAAUGGUAGAUUGUCAGGGAAAAGUAUGAAUAGUUCCCAAGCAGUGUUUCUUGGCACUUCAGUCCAAAGCCUCUUCAGCUUGGCUUAAGUAUACUAAAUGGGGAAACUCCUAACAAGUAUAGCAAUGGUGGCUAUGCAUAAUAUAUUUGAAAUCUUGAUUUCCAUUGUUUAUGGUCAUUAAUGUAAAAAGGCCCAGUGCUGUCACAUGUUUCAUAUAUUGAACAAAAAUGCAACAUGCAAAGUGUUGGUCCCAUGUUUCAUGAGCUGAAAUUAAAGAUCCCUGAAAUGUUC